AUGAUUGAGAAACCAUAAAAGUGAAAUUAGUUUAAUUUUAGGAACUCACCUAGUUUUUAGUUUCAAGUUUAAAAUGUUUUUGCCAUUACAGGGUGUUCUCCUACAUGGAAUACUUGAUUGCGCUCAUCAAAUUUGAGUCUAAUAAAUAUAUUUUUAUUAUCUAGUUAACUAAAAGGCUCUGAACAGUUCAUUAUUGAGCUGAACACCUAAUUUAAUGUAAUAAUGUUGUAUAAUACAAAUAAAGACAUAUUAAAAAAACCAUAAAAGUGAAGGAAAAAUUUAAUUUGCCCCUAAAUUGUAUUUAAAGGUACUGUUUUGGUUUAAUUCGUGCUUAGACAUAACGGAUCACCCGUGAGAAUGUGCGAACGGAUGAUAUAGAAAAUAGUUCCUCGAAUUUAGAUUAAAUAAAAACAUUUGAGAUCUUUCACGUAGGUUUGUCCAAUGCAAUGUUUACAAAUUCCAGCUUCAUAAAUCCUGUACACUUCAUUUGAUUUUACUUCUAGCUAAGGCAUCAUGCUUUGAUUGACUCCGCGAUUCUUAUGAAUUCAGAAACGAGAAGUGACGAUUGCAAAAUCAUCAUCCUUUUUCAGCAAUCUCCCAGUAGCUUUCAACUGCAGUGUAUAAAACCGAUUUCUAGAACUCGCACUGGUUUAGUCGCCGCGCCGGUUAGAAAGUUCAAUAACUCGCAAUGGUUUACGGGAAGGUUCAGUACGAUUUGGAGGUCCCAGCUUCGUUACGAGAAUCAUCCUGUGAGGUUGAACCUAAAAAGGGUGGUUCGACGUAUUUCGUGAUGGCCAUUUGUUUCCUGUCACUAGUUGCUGGGUUCGGAAUCGGAUUCAUUCCCUUCCAUAGAGAUAGUUCGAAGUGGACAGAGGAAAUCGUUGAUUCUAGCACUAUUAGGUUAACUCAAACAGCUGAGUCAUCGGCACAAUUUAGCAGGAAUAACAAGAAUCGGGACAAAGAACUCGAUCUUGAUGACGGAUUCAUAAGGAUUGAUACAUGGCUCCCACCAAUGGAAGUUUAUUCCGACAGUUAUUCAAUUGUGAAGCUACAUUUGGAUCCAAACGGGUUAACUGGAGUCUACGGACGAGACGAGGACUCACUGAAGGAGAUAGAAAAAGAUAAAUUCUAGGACUCUUUCGUUAUUCGCCGUUUAAUGGGUUCGACUCGAUUGAGUUUUGAGAAAGCCGGCAAACAUCUUCAACUACCAGAGGAGACGAUCCAGGUAGACAAGGAACAUAAGUUAAUAAAUCGCUGGGUAUCGGAAAACCUCUUCAACAUAAAAUUCGUGUAUAAAAAUGGCGUUUGGCGAUUUUGGCAGGAGACGCAAGCUGGAGAAUUACCGCAGCAAAACAUCUCGUUGGAGGACAAUAGUUCUAACGUUUAUGAGUGAUGUUUGGCUUUAAG